AUGGAAGACCAUGAUGACGAGCAGUCUAAAUCGAUUCAACAAGACAUGUCGGAUAAUAUGACGCUGCUUCCGGAGAAAAACGGGCAAGAUCAAACUUUUGAAAAUGAAGGAAAACUUUUGGAAGUCGUCUCGAGACACAUCCACUCGAGGGAUGAUGAAAAUAAUGCCAAGGACGACUUUCCGAGUCCUUCACCUUGUAAAAUUGCUCGUCACGAGACACCAGGCUUGAGUUCUACGGGCAACAGACAAUGUGAUCCUACCGAGGAUAAAACCCUCAGAUGCGACCAGUCCGAUUCCUCUCCUUGUCUAAAUUUAUCCCUGCCGACACCGAGCACUUCAGUUGUUGUUUCCAAAGAAGUUGGGAACAAUUAUGAAGAGAAAGUCCAUCUUGCCAACAACGACAAAAAUGGUUUAGACAUCUCCAGUUACACUCUCAUGUUUCCCAACACCACCAGACAAGGAUCGAUUUCAGCGGCUCCAAUCACCAAUAAUGGCCAGGUUCAGAACAUCCUCGUGCUUAAUCUACCCCCUGGAGUGAAUGCAGUCUUAUCAGAUCAACCGUCCGAGACAGAAGAUAAUAUGUUAAUGACUCCGGACAUUGGUCAGGGACUUCAGGAGGUCACUAACAUGUCGUCCUGUACGUCUUCCUCAACUCCCCAGGUUGCAUGCGACACUACCACAAAGCAUAAUUAUUCUGACGACAGUAAAGCACGAAAAUGUCCCGGAAUCGAGUCCGGUACAAGCAGGGUGAAGUUUCUCAGCCAAGUGACUCCCGAUGGAUAUGUUUUCAACACCCCUGAACAGAAUUUGGCUCAUCCUAGCUCGAAAAACAUCUUAAACGCUUCUUUCUCUUCCAUUUCUUCUUCAACUUCGCUAAGAAACGAUGAGUUGGGCCGAAGUCCUAAUUCUUUAAAUCAUGUGGAGGUGGAAAACUGGCAAAAGUUCAGGGAUCACAGCAAAGAAAACUCUCCUACAAGUAUUUUGAAUGGGAUGCAAGGCUUUGGGCCAUUAGCCAACCACAUUCCAGUAAGCAGCUACAUUCUUGAUUCUAACCAAAUGAUGUCAGAUUCACCACAGAUCAACCAUGAUCCAACUGUACAAGCAACACAUCAGGUCUGCACUUUGGCAACAUCUCAAACUGGAAGCCAAAUUCCAAGCACACCACAUUCAAAGCAUGGCCAGCUGACCUUUUGCCAUAAUGGCCUCAUUCCACAGCCACCCAUGAUGAAAGAAGAAGAAAAACCUUGCCCUUUGAAUUAUUUACAGACUAUGAAUCCAAAUUACAGUGCCAAUGUUAGUCGAAAAACCAAUUCUCUUUUAUGCUUGAAAUCAAAUCUUGCAAAUUCUAAGGAAAAUGACCCAACAAGGCAUUUACAUAACCUAAAUGAGAGGAAGAGAAGAGCCCGCAUUACAAUAGCUUGUGAUUUUAUGAGAAAGCUGGUGCCAGGCCUUUCAGACAAGACAGACAAAGCCACAGUUUUUGAAUAUGCUGCCCGUUAUAUCCACUUCCUAAAUGCCCAGGUUGGGAAAGAAUAUGAUGCAAAUUUUCUGGUGAAAUACUGCAAUUACUGA